CAGGGCGUCAGUUCAGUUGAAACAAGAAAUUUGUGUUGUCGACCAGGCUACGUAGAAACUACGUCCAAAUGGCGGAUUGCUUGCGGUACAACGAUCUGUAAAUAAUUCCGAUCGAGUUGGCAACGUUUCGGAUUACGAGUUGCUUGCUGCAAUGCUCCACGUUGAUUGACCGACCAAGCUGCUGCAACGCAAGACAAAUAUAGGUUGGCCGUUGCUUGCUGGGCUAGUGAGUGCGUAGUCACUUCUUUCGAGGGGAAAGUUGCCUUCUUUUUUCCAAGUUGUGCAAUCUCAGUUUGACAAUGUGCAAAACUGGAGUCCACCCAUCCUCGUCGUAAGACGUUCUUGGAUUUUUGUCGCCGAAUGAGUUUAAUCGUAAACAUUUCAGUUGCAGCAGCACACCAACGAGUUGACUUCUUGGGGAAACGUACUAGCUAACUGUUUGACAUUUUUCUGCAUGAUCAUGCUGUCGGGGAGAUGCAUGCAGUUGACUUUGAAACUCCAGGAAGAAGAAAGACAAUGCGAUAGUGAAACUUGCUAACCUCAGCAGUUCAGGUCAGCGAGAACAGCCAGGAUCAGAGCCAUGAAAGAGGCGGUUCAGCACCCAGGGGAGGUGUACUAUAACGUGGGCAGCGCCAGCCUGGACCAGGCCCACGAGGACUCCAGAGGACCCCCGAACGCGGAGGGCCAGCAGGGGGGCACGGCCGGCGUCUUCAACCCAGACAAGGGCCACCCCGGUCGGGCACACUUCCCCCCGGGCGCCCCUAUGAAGUGGAUGCACCAGGAGGCCGUGCAGGCUCCAGGCUGGCCCCCGCAGGGCAUACCCAACAUGGCGGCCGCCGCCUGGGGGCAGAACUUCAGCCCGUACCGCGCGGCGGGCAUGGCCACCGACGCACGCGGGCAGAUGGUUUACGCCGCCACCGCCAAGCCCAACCACGAGGCGGACGUGGGCGGGCACCCGCUGGACAAGGCUCCUCCUCCCCCACAGGGCUCCAGCGAAUGGGACCACGCCAUGCGCCACGCCCAGAUGCAGGCCUUCCAGCAGGGCCAUAAGCCCCCCGGCCCCGGGGAGAUGGCCCCCCACCAGCCGGCCCCCCCGGGGCCCCCCCACGCCAUUCGGCCAAGCCUCCAGAGCUCAAUGCUGCAGCCCUUCCAGCUGGCAUUCGGGGGGGCCACCAAGCAGCCCGUGCCCGCCGCAUACUACCAGGUGUUUCCUGGCAACAACGCGGCGGCUGCCAUGGCGGCGGGGAUGCCGUACGGCGAGCAGGCCAAAGCGCAACACCAGCUGAUCCAGAUGCAGCAGAUGCAACAACAACAACAGCAACGUCAGCUCCAACAACAACAACAACAAAUGCAACAACAACAGCAAAUGCAGCACCAGCAGCAGCAGGCACAGGCCCAGGCUCGCCAUCAGCUGCAGCAGCAACAGCAUCAAUUGCAACAGCAGCAUCACAUGCAACAACAACAACAACAACAGCAGCAACAGCAGCAGUUGCAGCACAUGUAUCAUCAGCAACAGCUGCAGCAACAAAUGCAUCACAUGCAGCAGCAGCAGCAGCAGCAGCAGUCUGUUCACCACCAGUCGCAGCCCCAGCCCCAGCCAAACCUGCCCCAGCAGGAGGGCCUCCACGGUGGGCCACAUGCCCAGUCCUCCCAGCCCCCCCAGCUGGAUCCCCACCCCUCUGCCUACCAGUCUGACAGCCAGCCCUCCAGUGCCAGUCCCAACGCUCUUACCCCCACCCAGACGCAGCCGCCUCACUUACAACUCCACUCUCAACCUCCAACGCAACAACAACAACAACUACAGCCACCGCCCCUUGUCCAGAGCCAGCCCCCCCAGACCCAGUCUCAAGCUAAGCCCCAGAGUAUCCCCACGCAGCCCAAAUCCAGAGACCCUCCCCCAGCCCCAGCCCCAGCCCCAGCUCCUGACCCUCCUGCUCCACCAGCCGCCGCCUCUGCUGCCGGACCUGCAGCCGCCCCCGAACCCUCCGCCCCCUCAGCUCAGCACAAAUCCACCGCCGCUGCGGAGUCCCCCGACCCCCCGGCCCUCAUGCCCCAGCCACGCCGCUCCCGACGCCUCUCCAAAGACGGCCUCUCGCCCACGGGGGCCACGGCACCCUCCACCGUCCCCUGGAACCAGGCUGGGGGGCCAGGAGGGGGGGCGGGGGGCGGCCUCCAGGGUCUGACAGGAGGGGUGAUCCAGAGCACGAGGAGGCGACGGGCCUCCAAGGAGAUCAACCUGGAGACGCUCGCUCAGAAGGCCUCCGAGAUGGAGUCACUACCUGCCAAGGUCAUCAAGUCGGAGGUCCUGGGUGCUGGAGGGGGCAUGGUGCCGCUGGUCAUCCCCGUCUCGGUGCCGGUCGGUGGGGAGCAGGACGGUCCUCACCCCUGGCCCCACGGAGGGGGUCGGGCACCUGGCAGUCACGAGGGCACAGGAGGAGGAGGAGGCCACCACCACUACCCAGCCAAGCACACACCCUCCGUCAUCGUCGCCCGCCGCCGCUCGCUCAAGAACACCGCACCCGAACACCUGGGACAGGAUGAUGGUAAGGAUGAUGAUGGCCCCAAGUCCAAGCGUCGUCCGCGUCCCGAACCGCUCUUCAUCCCACCCCCCAAGGUCAGCAAUUUCAUCGCCCCCUCCUUCUCCUCCUCCAUCUCCUCCUACGCGUCCCACCUGCGCUCGCCGGUGCGUCUCCCGGGCGACAACCCGCUGGUGUUGCCCCCCUACACCCCGCCCCCCAUCCUGUCUCCGGUGCGCGAGGGCUCGGGCCUCUACUUCUCCACCUUCCUGUCCUCCAUGGCGGCCGGACACCCCUCGCAGGCCCUGCCGCCGUCGCUCGCUUCCCUCCCGCCCCCCACACUGCCACCGCCCCCCACGCCCAAGUCGGCCCAACGCAGCCUGCUGAGAUCCACAAGCAGCUCAGACAUCACCCCCCCAGUGCUCCCCCCCAUCGGAGAAGCCACACCUGUCAGCCUCGAGCCGCGUAUCAACAUUGGUCUGCAUUACCAGGCUGAGAUCCCUGAGAUGCGAGAUCGCUCCCUGGCCCAACAUGACCUGCACAAGGCCAACCUGGUCUGGCUCCCCCUGCACCAACAACAACAGCAGCAGCAGAACCAGCAGCAGAACCAGCAGCAGCAGCAGAACCAACAGAACCAACAUCCGGUCAAGGACCUGGAGGAGAGAGUGCGUGAGUUGAUGAGUGUGUCGUGCUCCAGCGUUCUGAAGGGAGGAGGGACCAAUCAGGAGCUGGCUCUACACUGCCUACACGAGUGCCGAGGAGACGUCAUGGAAACGCUCACCAUGCUGCUGCUGAGGCAACCCAUCUACCCAGACACACACCCCCUUGCGGACUACCAUUACUCAGGCUCUGACAGCUGGAGUCAGGAGGAGAAGCGCUACUUCAAUAAGGGAAUCUCCGCAUACAGGAAGGACUUCUUCAUGGUCCAGAAACUGGUGCGUACCAAGUCGGUGGCCCAGUGUGUGGAGUUCUACUACACCUAUAAGAAGCAGGUGAAGAUCGGACGCAACGGAACGCUGACCUACGGACCCCCCGACCCCGAGGAACACCCACCCACAGAGAGCAUCUCCAGGCAUCACGGCUCAGAUGAGACUCAUGACAACAAGACGACCGGCCAGUGGCAGGAGCAUCCGCAUCACGAGCGGCCCGAGGAGAGACACCCGGCCAGGACCACCGCCACCGUCAACCUGCACAACUACACUAGUUCGGCCUCGGAGUCUGUGAUCAAGUUGGAGAGGGAGGAGCGGCCUAUGGUGAUCCCGCCCCCCAGUGUCCAGGCCCAUCCCACUGCCACACCCACCAGGAAGCCUCGAGCGGAGAGCAAGAAGAGCAAGCCGGCCCCCAAAGCCCCCGUGGAGGCAGAGGGAGUGUUCCCCUGCAAGAAGUGUGGCAGGAUCUUUGCGAAGGUGAAGAGUCGCAGUGCGCACAUGAAGAGCCACGCGGAGCAGGAGAAGAAGGCGGCGGCCGCCAAGCUGCGGGAGGAAGAGGAGCGAGCAGCGGCGCUGGCGGCACAAGCGGCACAGGCGGCACUCGCACGGCAACGUGCCAACGAGGCGGCCAUGGCAGCACAGGCGGCGCAGAACGGAGGAGGAGGAGGAGAAGAGGAGGAUGAUGAGGAAGAGGAGGAGGGCGGGCACGGCAAAGAGAGGCGGAUGGGGAGGAAGGGGCAAGCAGAGAACAAUAACAGCAGUGGAGGAGAGUCGUCAGACACGGCGGAGGACGAGGACGACGAAGACUGGAAGUGAGGAAGAGGAAGAUGAAUGAAUGAAUGGAGGGAGGGAGGGAUGGGCAGAAGAGAGAGAGAGAGAUUGGCAGAAGAGAGAGAGACGGGAUAUUUCUCAUAUAGCCUACUCUCCCUCCCUUCCAUCCUGGACCUUGUUUCUGGAAAGCAUCGUUGCUAACCAGUUAGCAACUUUCUAGGUUUCCAAUGGGAAAUUGCAUUGCAACCAAGUAAGUUGCUAACUUAGUUCGCAACGAUGUUGUUGAGAAUCGCACCCUGCUCUGCUUUUUAAAGACUUUACAUGAGCACUGACCUGGGCUGCAAAAAAGCCAUUCAUCACAACAAGGGCUUUAAAAGAUGAGUAGCGAGAUGAGACUUACGGACAAAAUACUUGCUCUUGUUGACCUUUGACCUUGACGCCCAAUGGCAGAUGAACUUCUUCGCCUUACGAUGUAUUAAAGCCUUACCAUCACUGAGCAGGAAAUAGGUAUUUACUCAGAGAGAGACCGAAUGGAAAAAACAAAACAAAUCAAGGAUCUUUGUACUGAGACAGUACGCUCCACCAAAUGCAGGUGCCUUGUCUAUUUUAUAUGCUAUUUUUUUACUUCCUAGACAAUCAUUUGAUAUCAUUUCUUGUCUUUUUUUGUGUCUGUCAGCACUCCAUAGGAUUCAAACAAACAAACAGACAAACAAACAAACAGGUUUACCGGAUGCUCUUCAGCGCACGACAGACUUCAGAAGUCACAAUAUUUAGCAUGUCUUGUUUCGUUUACACGCUCCGUGUUACUCUGCAUGUGGUGGCGUGCAGCACACAGCUAGCACCGUUAGCACACCGCUAGCACCGUUAGCAGUCAACUGAGAGAUUCGACUUUUAUCCAGUUGGUUUCUGUUGUUUUUUGCUUGCCCUUUGCUCGUCAUUUUUUGUUUUGUUUUGGUGAGGUUGUGGCUCUAGCAUGUCAUGUUUUUUUUUCUUUGUCCACAAGUGACUGCCAAAGCAAUGAUAUCUAUAUCCAUAUCUAGGGCACUUGAGAGUCUAUUGUUUAAAUAUCGUUAAAUUAAAUCUGUAGCAUUGAUGGAUGAGUGAAACAGCUCUGUGUUUUUAUUAGCUCAUGAGACAGUUAAAACCACACUGCAUCACUCCUGUAAAUAAGCUCCGUUUACACUUUCCCUUGAGUUGAAUUGUGGAGUUACAUCCUUUUCCAGUUCUUCCAUCUGUUCUCUUAGUCUGGUGACGUUACUUCUCGUUUCAAGCUAGUCAUUAGCAUUGAAUCACCCUCCCUGUGUCUCAUGUCAGUGAGUGCACUGACGGUUAGUAGUGCACACAGUACACUAAGGUAUUUAGUGCAUAGUGUUGCGGAAAAGUUUGGGCACUGCACUGUGCCCUCACUGGAAGUGACGGGUGAGCAUAGCAUUAGCUCGCCAAAAUAUCAGUUGGCUACUGUUUACCAUGCACAGUGUCUUGUUCUCGUAUUUACACCUGUACAUUUCCUUCACCGCAAAUGGCAACUAUCUCGCAUGCAAUACUUGACUUGGCAUGAAAAUGUUGGUGCCUCAGCAACAUUACUUACAGAAUUAGACUGUUGACCAAACUCUACUACUGAAUUGAACGCCACGUUUCGUCCGUUUCAUUAACAACAUGGCCGCCGUUUAGUGUGUGCAGGGUCCACCAUUCAAGCGCUUCGUUUUUGGCUGUUGUUAGGGCAUCAUGUGGGCACUGAAUUCACUGAGAAUUUCAGCGUUGGCGCCCUACGCACUGAAACAUAGUACUUAGAAAACAUAGUACUUAGUACUUAGAAGUGCACGAGUGCAUGAUAUGAGACACGGGGAUGUUGCCAGCUGAAUGCUAGCUGCUACCAUAUGAUUCCAUUAUUUAUGCUAGCUUGGAGGUGCUGUAUAUAUGCCAUUAUAUAUUAUUACAUAUUAUAUAUGCCAGUUGUUUGGAGGUCAAAUGAGUACUGCCAGACUCAGACAGCAGCUGGACGUAACGAAGGAUAAAACUCAAUUAUCUAGCUCGUGGGAAAGUGUGAAAUCAGCUGAUUUACAAGAAUGGCGCAGUGUGGCUUCAAGAGAGAAUGGGCUGGUACUGAAAGCGUUUGUGUGAGAGGUGUGGUGUGAUGGGUUAAACGUGUGCAUGGGCGGGAUUUGUAGGCCACGUGGUCUUGAUAUCCCCAUAUGGUUAUGAUAUCCCCACCUCAGCUAAAUCAUGUUAACCUUCAUUGGGGAUAAGGACUUCAUAGCAAUGAAUUCAACAUCACUGAUUGUUGCAAAGUAAAAAAGAAAUCCUUUGUCUGGUGUAUCCAUGUGUGCUUGCGUGCGUGUUCAUGUGUGCGUUCGUGUGUAUCUGUGUGAGUGAGUAGGUGCGUGCGUGCGUAGGUGAGUGCUUGCAUGUCUCCUCAGGAACAUAUAUAGUAAUGUGGUGGAAAUGGUCAAAAAAAUAAAAAUAACGGAGUCUUUAUGUUUUGUAUUCUUUUGUUUGAACACCAACACUUUGUGCACAUUGCUAGAUUUAUACGUAACAUUUUCAAACUCUAAAAAAGAAACUUAUUCUAUGUGAUUUAAGGGACCUUGAAAUGAAUGUUUUUGACUAUAAAAUGUAUAUAAGGUGUAAAUUGAUAUAUUUUAACAUCCUCAAUAUUGUCUGAGGGCGUGACUACAAAUUGAUCAUUUUUGUUUUGUUUUCCCCCUUUUUUUUAAAAAAAGAGAAAAAAUGCUACUUAUUGCUUGUAUAAUCAACAACAAAGAAUUGCUAUUUGGAUAGUGUCAUGCAUUUUGAUUAAAAGUCAUUAUCUUAA